UGCGAUAGAUUACAAACACCACGAACAGAUAACGCAUUAGUUAUUUUAAUUGUUCGUACGUCGUUUUAUUUUUAUUUUUAAUCGCUCUAUUAGGUUUUUUUAACCGCCAGUAUUCGGUUGAAGUGCAUAAAAUAUUCCGGUGAUAAAGCGACGCUCUUCGGAAUUUUUGACUCCGCGUAAAUGUACUGAUUUCUAUCCAUACUUUUCUGAUAAUUACGACGUUGUUCAAUCUACUACUACUUAUGCAUAGUAGUACCAUUCAACAGGUUUUUAAUUUUUGUCUGUUUUAGAUGUUGAAAGUAAUUAAUAGUCAACAAAAUAAACAUGUCUCGCGGAGAAAAAACCAAACCAACGGCUGGUUUUCUGGAUACAUUGUUUGGACGGCCAAAAAAAUAUGGGUCGACGGCAUCAUCCCCAAUGAUGAGUGGUAUCGGUGGAAAUGGUAUCUACAGCAGUGGCAGUGGAAGUGCAUAUGGUUCAGGCAAUCGCACUUUGCUACGCAUCAACUCAGAUAAUGAUAUUUCAUCUGGAUCAGGCAGUCACAAUGAUGCUGAUGAAUGUGAAAUGUUUGUUGAACAUUUAGAUGUAGAAGCACUCAAUGAUAAAUUUGAAGAAAUGCUGGAUGAUAUGAAUUUAACUGAAGAGAAAAAAACACCACUGAGAGAGCAAACAGUAGUAAAUAAAAAAAAGAUGUUAAUGAUGCAUUAUAAAAAAUCAAGCAAUGAAGGAAAUAAAAAUAAAGUUUGUGAUAAACCUACAGAAUAUAUUCAGUACUUAUCACAGCAAGAUUUAAGUGCUAAUAAGACAUACAAUUGUGUAGUUUCAUUACGUAUUGCCUUAACUAAUCAUCCACUAAGCUGGGUCAGUGAAUUUGGUACUGAAGGAUUACGCCAAGUAUUAUCUGUUCUUAAUGAAUGCUAUCGCAAUGAUGGAAAAAAUGCUCAAUAUGCUCGUAUACAAUAUGAAUGUAUUAGAAGUUUAAAGGCAAUCAUGAACAGCACUGUAGGCUUAAAACAAAUGUUUGGUCAUAAAGAAGCCUUGACUGUCAUUGCUCGUUCAUUAGAUAUUAAUAAACCUGCUGUUAUGCUUGAAGCUGUGAAAGUUUUAGCAGCUGUUAGUCUAAUACCCCCAGAUGGUCAUGAAAAAGCUCUUGAAGCUAUAACUAUGAGUGCUGAUAUUGAAAAUCGUUGUAGAUUCUUACCUAUAGUACAGGGGCUAAAAAGUAUUGGAAAUGAGGCGUUAAGAGUGGCUUGCUUGCAAUUUAUUAAUGCCAUAGUAUCUACUCCAGAAGAUUUAGAAUUCCGUGCUCAUUUACGAAAUGAAAUCAUGCGUGCUGGCAUGUAUGAUGUUAUUGAUAGUUUAGAAACAGAUUGUAGUGAUGAUCUUAGCAGACAAUUAAACAUAUUUAAUGCCCAUAAGGAGGAUGAUUAUGAAGAAUUAGUUCAACGGUUUGAUAAUGUACGUAUGGAUUUUGAUGAUGUUGGAGAAUGUUUUGAUGUCAUAAAAAAUAUUGUUGCUGAUACACCUGCAGAACCUUACCUUUUAUCUAUACUUCAACAUUUCCUAUUUAUUAAAGAUGAUGUGUCCAUAAGGCCUGCUUUUUACAAACUCAUAGAAGAAUGUGUUUCUCAAAUUGUAUUACAUCGUAAUGGAUGCGAUCCUGAUUUUAGAGCUACUAAACGUUUUCAAUUAGAUGUUCAACCUUUAAUUGAUACUGUUGUUGAAAAAUCUAAAGCUGAGGAAGAUAGACGAGUUGAAGAAUUAAAAGAUAAAUUAGAAGAUGCUGUAGCUACUCGCCAGGAAGCAGAAGCCAAAUUAAUUCAAGCUGAAACUACAAUAAAAGAACUUAUGCUUAACUCAUCAAUGGAAAGUAAAGGAAAAUUGGGAUUAAAGAAGCAACAUGAUGGGAAUGCUGGAGGUCCACCACCACCACCACCACCACCUCCACCUCCGAUGCCUGGUUCAAUAGGUCCACCUCCACCACCACCACCUCCCAUGCCGGGUUCAAUAGGUCCACCGCCACCACCACCUAUGCCUGGAUUUGGUCCUCCUCCUCCUCCUCCAUUACCAAACAUGAUAGGUGGUGCUCCUCGUCCACCACCACCCCUUGGUAAUUUAGGAGCUCAAUUACCUCCAGGUCUUAAACCUAAGAAACAAUGGCAUGUAGAGGGUAUUAAAAGAGCAAAUUGGAAGAGUAUAAUACCACAAAAAGUAUCAGAUAAAUGUUUUUGGGCCCGUGUUCAUGAAGAAUCAUUAGCAUCAAACGAUAUAUUACAAGGAUUAUCUGAAAAAUUUUCUUCAAAACCAGCUCGAAAAAAACCAGAAGAUUCUACAGACAAGUCUGCUACUCUUAAAAAAGUUAGAUGUCUAAAAGUAUUGGAGCCAAAAGCUUCUCAAAAUCUUUCUAUUUUAUUGGGUGGCUCUUUAAAACACUUGUCUUAUGCUGAUGUAAAACGUGGUGUCCUUAGAUGUGAUGAUACAGUACUAAAAGGAAAUGUACUGGAUCAAUUGAUUAAUUAUCUUCCACCUCCAGAUCAAUUAAAAAAAUUAAGGGAUCUAGAAUGUCCUUAUGAAGAUCUUGUAGAAGCAGAACAAUUUGCUGUAACUAUGGGAGAAAUUAAAAGACUGCUACCUAGGCUAAAGUCAUUAAGUUACCGACAACAUCAUCCUGAAAUGGUACAAGAUAUUAAGCCAUUAAUUAUAGCAGGUACAGCAGCAUGUGAAGAAGUUAAAAGUGGUUUAAAAUUUAAUAAAAUAUUGGAGCUUGUAUUAUUAUUGGGAAAUUAUAUGAAUAGUGGCUCACGAAAUGGCCAAGCAUAUGGUUUUGAAAUAAGCUUUUUGCCAAAGCUUACUGCUAUUAAAGAUGUGGAAAAUAAAUCUACACUUCUUCAUUAUCUUGUUGACAUAGUUGAAAAAAACUAUUCUGACUUAAUCACCUUUGGUGAUGAGCUUACACACUGUGAUCGAGCUGCACGAGUAUCAAUUGACGUUAUUCAAAAAACUUUACGUAUAAUGGAUACAAGUUUACGUAACCUUGACGUAGAUCUUGCUAACAAUUGUAAUAAGCAACAGUGUGGAGAAGAUGAUUUGUUUUCCGAAAUAAUGACUCCAUUUGCCAAAGAAGCCAAGUCCCAAUUUGAAUUACUGCAAAACAUGUUUAAAAAAAUGGAAGGUUUAUAUGAUGAUUUAGCUGAUUACUAUGUGUUUGACAAGUCGAAAUAUACUUUAGAAGAGUUUUUUUCUGACCUCAAAUCAUUUAAAGACAGUUUCUAUGAAGCUCAAAGAGAAAAUCAUAAAAUAAGAGAAGCAGAAGAAAAAAGUCGUCGUGCUCGGGAUGCUCGUGAAAAAGCAGAGAAGGAAAAAAAGGAACGAUUAGCCCGCAAAAAAGCACUAAUUGAUAUGAAUGCAGAUCAUACACAAGAAGGUGUAAUGGAUAGUUUGUUUGAAGCAUUACAAACUGGGUCUGCUUUUAGUCGAGAUCAGAGACGUCGAAGACAAGGUGGUGUGAAUACCGGAGACGAUAAAAAAGUUCCAUUAUUAUAUCGAAGUCGAUCCAGGACUGCUUUUACAGAACGAGACUUACCAACUACACGAGUUCAACAUUAACAAAACAUAUGCUUAGAGCUAAAAUGCUAUUUAUUUUAUCUCUUCCACUGUUAAUUAUUAAAUUAAUUUAAUACUUAUUAACUCGAUCAUCUGCUGUUUAUAUAGGCAACAUUAUAUUUAUUGAUAAAUCAAUUUUAUUUUUAUAUAUUAAAACUAUCAUCAUUGAGUAUUCAUUGUAUAGAUUUUAUACACUGUUUCUAAAUACUAUGGAGAAAUAUGUGAGAAUGAAUUUUGUUUAAUUAAAUCUACUGGAUUUAAUUAUUAUUUUUUAAAGUACUGGCUUAAUGAAAU